AUGGCCGAGGUCCCUGCCGCCGCCGCCGUCCUCGGCGCCCCAGCGCCCGCGCCUGCUCCUCCCCGCGCGGCCCUGGACUUCCGCCCCGCCGCCGAAGGCGACAAGGAGCUGCCUGGAGGCUCCGACGACACCGGCGCCGCCGCGGCGGAGGUGCCAGAGGGCCGGGCCGGGAGCCGCGAGCCGGCGGAAGGCCCAGGCGCCGACGAGCAGAAGUUAAGUUGCGGGAGCUCAGGCCCUGACGAAGCUGCUGGCGCGGUCAGCCAUAUCCCUUCACCAGUCAAGUCGUCUCCAUCAGGCGCCACUUCGAAUCCGGACACCACUGGGCCAACAACUGGCGGUUCCUCCUCCGCGGCCGAGACGAGCGGUUCGCGAGGCCAAGCACGAGAGGCGCACGAACAGCCAGCGCCUGCAGCCGCGGGAUUCUCUGACGACGAGCACGCGAACCGUGGCCUCGGAAACGAGGGGAAAGGUGAUUUGGAUGGCCGGAACGGCCUUAUCCAAGGGGAAUCGGAACUGGAGUUGCGUGCUGGUGGCGGCGCCGUCGAUGUGGACACGGACAUGGCCGGCGUUUCGUGUGACGGAGGGGCGGCGACAGGGUUUGAGGCCCCGGAUGGCGCCACCGCGCCGGUUCGGGAAGGGGUGGACAGGAUGGAUGACUCUGAGGUCUCGGACGGCUCAACCACGCAGGAGGACUCUGAUACCGACGUCGAGACGGAGUCCAGCGGCUCUAGUGUGGAGGAUCACGACACUGGUGGAUAUGAUGGUGGUGUCCACGUCCCACGCUCGGAAGAAGUUACAUGUGAGGUGGCUUCAGAGGUGAAGAGCUCUGAUAGGAUGGAUUCCGUAGCAGUAUCAAAACUUGUGUUGGCUUCAGGUGCAGCCAUGUUACCUCAUCCUUCAAAGGUGCUGACAGGUGGUGAGGAUGCUUAUUUUGUAGCUUGCGACGGCUGGUUUGGCGUAGCAGAUGGAGUUGGUCAGUGGUCAUUUGAAGGAAUCAACGCAGGUUUAUAUGCGAGAGAGCUAAUGGAUAGUUCCAAAAAAAUUGUUAUGGAGAAUCAAGGGGCACGAGAGAUGAGAACAGAGGAAGUCCUUGCUAUGGCUGCCGAGGAAGCACGGUCCCCCGGUUCUUCCACUGUUUUGGUUGCUCACUUUGAUGGGCAGGUCCUUCAUGUAUCCAACAUCGGUGAUUCUGGAUUACUGGUGAUAAGAAAUGGACAAGUCCACACACAAACGAAGCCAAUGACUUAUGGUUUCAAUUUCCCGUUGCAAAUUGAAAACGGUGUUGAUCCUUCAAGACUUGUACAGAACUACACUAUCGAUGUACAAGAAGGUGAUGUCUUCGUAACAGCAUCUGAUGGUCUGUUUGACAACGUCUAUGACCACGAGGUGGCAGCCGUUGUCUCAAAAUCUCUAGAAGCCGACCUCAAGCCUACGGAGAUUGCCGAGCUCCUUGCAGCUAGAGCGAAGGAAGUGGGCAGGUCUGGAUCCGGAAAGAGCCCAUUCUCGGACGCGGCGCUCUACGAAGGGUACCUGGGUUACUCUGGGGGCAAGUUGGAUGAUGUAACAGUUGUUGUGUCCAUUGUUCGGAAAUCUGAACUGUAGACCAUUGAUAAGUUGUAAUUUUCUUCCGUCUCGCGGCCAUGGUCGCAGCAAGUUGCGAGCCAUGCUGUUCUCUCUUUUCUGAAUGAGCCGUUGUUGCAGUUUA